AUGUGGAUGGUUGUUCAAUCAUUGAAAGAUAAUUCUAUUAAAUAUGUGCCUAAAACAUGGUACAAUAAAAAAAAACAAAUGUGUGCAUGGCCAAUUGCAAAAAAUUAUUCAAAAAGAUUAAUUGAGAAAAUGACACCUCUACAUUUAUUUGAAUAUUAUUGGUUACCAGUAAAGAAAAUAGGACGAUUGUAUGGAAGUUUAGAAGAAGCUCGCACGAAGAUGUAUUAUGCUAGAAUUCUAACAACUUUAUCGGUAAACCGUGAACAUACAAGUACCGAUAUAACAUUGAAAACAUCAGAAAAUAAAAUAAUAAAAAGCCCUCCUACUGUAAAAUCUAGAAUUGUAGAAGAACCUCGUUCUAAGAUGAAUUCUAAUAUUCUAUCAAAUUUAUCAGUAAACCGUGAACAUAUAAGUACCAACGCAACAAGAAAAACAAUAGAAAAGAAAAUUACACAAACAACUCCUAUUAUAAAAUCAAGUAUACCAAAACAGCAUCAACGAAUUGAACACGAUAAUAAGUGUACAUCUACUGUCACACGUGUUAAAGACAAAAAAAAGGAUGAUUGUGGUAUGCCAAAACAGGACCAACAAAUUGAACACAAUAAUAAUUCCACAUCUACUACCAUGAUACGUACUAAAGAUAAUAAUAAAGAUAAUUCCGAUUUUCAAAAUCAGGUUCUUAGUUUAUUAACCAAAAUGAAUGAAGAGAUAACAAAUUUGAAAUCAUCAUUCAAUAUGCAACAAGAUACAAUCAACAGAUUGGAUACAUUUCUUAAGAAUACAAUUGGCUCUCAGAAUUCCAAUAAAUCAUCAAUAACAUUCAAUAUGACAUGUUCCCAUUAA